UAGAGAAACUAUGUAAAAGAGUAAUCUUUGACGUACAAUGUAGGUCACACUACCUGUUGACUUUUGAAUCAGGUAAACCAAUUACCUUCUGAAUAUUUAUUUUAUCGAAUAAAACUUAAUAAUGAUUAAAGCUAAAAUAAAAUACGUCAAAUAACAUGUUAAUCCUCUUUUUUAAUUAAAAAAUGAUACGGAGAGUGAUAUUGUGUACAUAUUCUUAAAUGAACCUCGUAAAUUACUUUUGGCCAUACUCCAUGUGAUUUAGUGGCUAAAUAUAGACGAUAUGUAUUCCCAACUUUUAAAAAGAAAGUAGAAUUUAGUCAUGGCUGAAUCUCUAACACAGGAGGAGGCCUCAAAGUCGCCCAAACUGCUUGUGGCUGCUAUAGAUUUUGGAACUGUAUACUCAGGUUAUGCAUACUCAUUCAAAUAUGAAUGGAUCAAGGUAAAGAUAAACAACUGGGGUGGUGGCGAAAAUCUUUCUUAUAAGACUCCCAGUGUUCUUCUUCUCAACCCAGACCAGUCCUUUAAUUCGUUUGGGUAUCAAGCAGAACGAAAGUAUGCAGAAUUAGCAGAAAAUGGGAGUGAGUGCAAGAAAUACUUCUACUUUCAACGUUUUAAGAUGAUACUGCGGACAUCUCUGGAAAAGAGAGUUCAUAGGAAAACCCAGUGCGUUGCAGACAAUGGAUUACAAAUGGAUGCCAUCAAAAUUUUUACGCAUUGUAUCAACCACAUGAAAGAGCACCUUUUAAAAGCGUUGGAAUACAUACAAAAAGACAAAAUUACCGUAGACGAUAUAUAUUUUGUUUUGACAGUUCCAGCAAUUUGGGAUGAUACAGCAAAGAUGUUUAUGAGGGAAGCUGCAGUCAAGGCAGGAAUUAAAAGCAACCAACUCUCAAUCGCCUUGGAACCCGAAGCAGCAUCCAUUUAUUGUCAGUUGACACACUUGGAAUCAACCGACAAAAGCAGAAUGUUUCAGCCGGAAAAUGAACUUGGUGCUAAAUACAUGGUCCUUGAUCUUGGCGGAGGAACAGCUGAUAUAACAAUUCAUCAGUUAAAACAAGACGGUACCAUUGCGGAACUCGUUCCGGCAAGCGGAGGCAGUUGGGGAGGAACGUGCAUCGAUAAAGCCUUCAAUGAAUUUCUUACAAACCUUUUUGGAGAAUCAGUAAUGAACAUGUUUUAUACUGAUUCCGAAUACGUUGAAGAUUGUCUAGACUUUUGGAAAGAUUUUGAAUUCAAGAAAAGGGCAUUUGAAGUAAAUACAAAAAAUGAAAUUGUAACUGGACCAAAAUUUGCCAUUAGAAUUCCAGUUGCGAUUAAGGAAAUUGAAGAAAAGCAGAGUAAUUCUAAAGGGAAAUCUAUAGACUUUGUUAUUAACAGUGUCAUUGCCAGAUCGUCCUACAGGAGUGUAUUAACAUUUGAAAACGGUAUAUUACUCAUGGAAGCUUCCUUUUUUGUUCAGAUGUUUGUUCCAACAAUUGAUUUACUUGUCAACCACCUAAAACAGCUUUACAAGGACAUCGGGGGGGAUUUAAAAGUAAUUUUAAUGGUUGGGGGGUUUUCGGAAAGCAGCGUUAUCCAAGAUGCUAUCAAGAAAGAGUUCGAAGGAAAAUGCAGAGUGGUUGUUCCUAACCAAGCAGGUCUUGCUGUUGUCAAAGGAGCAGUUUACUUUGGUCAUCAACCACAUCUGAUAUCCGAACGAGUCUCCAGGUACACCUAUGGAAUUCAAUCAUGGCCGGCAUUCAAUGAGACUAAACAUGUCAAAUCAAAACGAAUCGUAAUGGACGAUGGACCAAGAUGCAAAGACGUAUUUUUCAAAUUCGUAACCAAAGGAGAAAAAAUAAAGCCAGGAGACAAGAAGUCUUACAUAUUUAAAUCUCUGAGACCAAAUGCAAAGACGCUCGAUUGUGGGGUCUUUAUUUCAAAUGAAAAAGAUCCAAAGUAUGUUGACGAUAAAGGUUGUACAAAGCUUGGGACAUUGAACAUUCCACUUGAUGGGGUCGACAGAAAUGUCGAUAUAGAAGAGUCUUUGAUAUUUGGGGACACAGAGCUCCACGUGACUGCUUGCAACUGUACAAAUAAGAUUGAAUACAAAGUUACGUUUGACCUGCUUUCCGAAGAUAUCAAUUUACCCUGAAAAGUGAAUGAAGAUUAUCAAAGGCAAACUGGAACUAUUAUGGUUUUAUAAAAAAAG